UUAAAAAGUGAAGACAGUGUUUUACAAUGGCUGUAGUGCUGACAGGCAUAUACAGUGAGUUAUGUACAAAGAAUACACUUAAUAUACAGUAGGCCUACAUAGUCAUUUCCCAUGCUCAUCUUAUAAUGUGACUGUUCACUGCAUGUAAUAUUGUAUCACACUGCAUGUUCAAGAAAUGUGAAUGGUGUUAACAGGAGGCACACAAGUUUAAAAGACUGCGCUUGUGUAUUUAUACAGAAUAACAACUGUUUCAUAUGAAUUUCAAAAGUAAAGGUACCUGUUGCAACAUGUAAGGUAGCUCAUCUGCGAAACACAGCAUUAACUCUGCUUCCACCUGGUGGUCUUACAUGAAUAUACAUUGUCUCACUGCUGCCACAGUUAUCGUCAUGUGGAACCACGCGAAAACCAUGUAAUCGCAAACAUAUUGGAGCACUGACUAUAACCCUGCAGGUGACACAUGCAUGCCAGAAUUAAAUGGAACACCCUAAUACACUGUAUAUUCAGCAUAAAAACCUGUUCAAGGACCGUCACAGCUCUCUGCUCCACCUCGGUCUGCAUUGUAUAGCCUGUAGUGUUUCCUGUAAUUGGAGGAGCCACUUAAGCUGUGAGGAGGGGUUUUGGAGGAGCAUAGCAAGAUUGUCAUAACUGCAAGGUCUUUGAUUGGAAGAAUGCAGUGGAGGAGGAAGUGUGUCCCAGAGACUCUGAUUUAAUCUGAGCUCCUAAGAAUUUUUUUUAUUGCUGAAACUCCUGUGUAACCGGUGACAUAUCAGUACUGAACUCCUUUGUGCACACCUCAAGCUUAGACUGCAGCAUGCAACAACCAGGCCGGCUGAGGCUGAGGCCAUGGCUGGAGGAGCAGAUUCAGUCUGGGAGGUAUCCAGGAGUCAGCUGGCUGGACCAGUCAGCGAGAAUCUUCCAAAUUCCAUGGAAACAUGCCGCUCGUCAUGGCUGGAGUAUCGACCGAGAUGCUACACUCUUCAGGAGUUGGGCUAUGCACACAGGGCGGUACUAUCCAGGCAAAGACAAGCCAGAUCCCAAGACAUGGAAGGCAAAUUUCCGCUGUGCCUUGAAUUCUCUGCCUGAUAUCUGUGAGCUGCAGGAGCACAGCAAAAAGAGAGGCAGCAAUGCCUACAGAGUCUACAGGAUGCUGCCAAGCACACAAACACACAGACGUAGGAGAGGACUGCGGUUGUUCAGCAGGCCCCGAGAAAGACAGGUGAGCUUAGGCGAUGAUACAUACACCAUGCACACUCGGCAACCCGCAACAACUAGACCCGUUUCAGACACACCACAGAAGGUGGAGACCCCCGCAGAAGACACAUUUGGCAACAUCCAAACACACGGGAUGUGGGAGGCCAAAGCAGAGGACCAGGAGCAGAAUGAGGCUGUGUUUAAGUUGAUGGACCACUUAAGCAGCGCUGAUCUCUGGAACCAAACUGGGGAGCAGAGAGGAUGGAGAACACACACACUGUGGGACCACUGGCACUGUGCUGGUGAUGAUAACCAGUACUCUCUACACACGGAGAACUACAGCGAUCUGUUUGGUCCCAACUACGUCAAGGAGCUUUCCGAUUGGUCCACAUAUCAGCCAACACUGAUGCCAUAGCUGUGCGCUAACAGCCUAUCCUGCAGCUCUUUGUGUUUACCACAUACUUGAGAAAAAGCAUCCCCCCCCCCCUCCGCUCCAGGCUUUCUUGCUAACCUUUUGCUGAUUUCCUCCUGCUGUCUAUCUGCUCAGCUGACUGCUGAAACCCAGAAACAGGAGAGGGGGAGCAGACAGAGAAUAUUGCUCUGUCAGUCAAAGGAGCAGGCGGUCAUCCUCUCUGCUGAGCAUGCUGAGGUGAAGAUCCUGUUUCAAGCCAAGCUUUACCUCUGUCACCAUCACUUGGGUUCACUAUGGUUCAGUGCCUCAAACUCACUGAAAUGACACCAAGCUCACACCACAGCUUACAGAGUAAACAGAUCUAAUUUCGCUUCACUGCAGGAUCAGUUAUUGCUCUACGGUGUCUUUGAGUUUUACUGGAUGUUUAGCCAACACACAGUAAAUGAAGUGCAGGAUAAGUGGCUUUCACAGUUUGCAGAUUUGUGUUUGUUUGAGUGGAGUUCAAGACUCAUGCUUUGCUAUCGUACACAGUAAGCUCACUCAAGUUGCAAUAAAUGCAGUAUACAUAUAUAUUUUUAGUCCGUAUAUAUACAUUUGAUUCCUAUACCUUUUUGACUUUGGUUGUACCAAUUUUUAAGAUUUCUCAGAGAUACUCAUGAUCAUUUUGUAUAUUAUAUUUUUUGGGGGCAUUGGAUGGUGCAAUUUGUUGUGUGUGAUAUUGUAAAAUGUGUUAUGUGUUUGUUUUGUAUUUUCAAAAAUAACUCUACAUUUACAAAAUGUAAAAGCAGCUAAAGCACACACACCUUGUUGGGAGCCUUUACAUGCCGUAUAUAUAUGUGCUUGUUUGGUGUGUUCGCUUGACAUUUUAUUUUUAACAAAAAAUGUUUCCCAAGAUAUUUCCCCUUUCAUCUGAAUCCUGUAAAAACAUUAUGGUAAUUGACAGAACAGCUCAGAAACAUGGAGUGUUACAGAUUGUCUUGUCUUUUUGGCACUUCAAUAAAAUCUAUAACCUGCAGGGAGAAUAAAUCAUAUUUGGUAUAAUUCACUGUUGUUAUGAUCUCACCAAAAUCAAUCCUCCACUGAAUUGAUGUGAUAAAUAAAAAAAGCUUACCUGUAA